UUGCGCAUGCUUCAUUUAUGCGGAAGCCGGGAUUCUGCCAUAUCUCGAAGACCAAGUCAUCCCCCAAAACAAAAAUUACAACGCAUGUCUAAACACUAAGGAUAAAACGUCUUUGUUUUCAUUAAUUUGUGAACCAUGUCGGAAAUAGAUAGCAACCCCUUUGCUGAUCCAGAGGCAGCAAAUCCUUUUGCGGAUCCCUCUGUCCAGCAAGCAAGAGGCGGUCAGCAGACAGGAGCCGGGGCUGUUGAUGACUACAAUCCAUUUGCCGAGGGAAACCAGACAAGACCCACAGCAGGGUCAAUGAGUGAUGAACCACUAAUAAAAGGAUCAUAUAAUUCUUACUCUUCGGCAACAAUACCACCCCCACAACCAGCUCAGACCCAACCAGCAAUAAUGCAGCCUUCAAAUGAACCUCCUCCUUACACAGAGAGCUCAGCCCAGAGAGUUGACACAGCAGACCUACAGAAAAGACAAGAGGUAAUGGGAUAUGCUUUAAACACUUCAAAUGAACCUCCUCCAUACUCAGAGGUUUCAGCCCAGAGUGUUGACACAGCAGAUUUACAGAAAAGACAAGAGGAAUUAGAGAAAAAAGCUGCAGAGCUGCAAAGGAAAGAACAAGAAAUGAGAAAUAUGCAGUACAAUGAGCGAGCAAACAACUGGCCACCACUUCCCAAGUUUUGUCCUGUUGGACCCUGUUUCUACCAAGACUUCAAUGUAGAUAUUCCUAUGGAAUUCCAAAGGACAGUUAAAAUUGUAUAUUAUUUAUGGUUAUUUUACGUAAUUGUUCUCUUUCUCAACAUCUGGGCCAGUUUGGCGUUUUUCAUUGCUGAUCCUGAUGGAGGAGCCACAUUUGGCAUGUCAAUAGUGUGGUUCGUCCUGUUCACACCUUGUUCAUUUAUAUGUUGGUAUAGACCACUGUACAAAGCAUUCAGAUCAGACAGUUCAUUCAGCUUUUUUGUAUUUUUCUUCAAUUUCUUCUUCCAAGCCAUUUGUUGUGUAGUCAUGUUAAUAGGGAUAACAGAUUUCACAGUUGGCAUCAUCAAUGGCCUGACCAUGACCGGCUACAAAAACGAUGGGAAGGGGGUCAGCCACAUAGGGGUGGCGCUGGUCAUGAUAUUUAUUGGUCUGAUGUUUGGCAUUCUAGCCUUGUUAGAUUUUAUCAUGCUGGUCAAGGUGCACAAAAUCUAUAGGAGCACGGGGGCCAGUUUUGACAAAGCUAAGCAGGAAUUCUCCACUGGUGUGAUGAAGAAUGAGACUGUUCAGGGGGUAGCUGCCAAUGCGGCCCAGGGCGCCGUCAAGGGCAUGGCCAGUCAGUACGGAUCCAACAACAAGUACUGAAGGGACCACGUAUGCCCCCCGCCAAGGGACGUGUAGGAAUUGUAGGAGAUUACAUGUAGAGGUGUCAAUGGAAGACUCGUUCAACCUGUAUGAACUUUAUGUGGUAAUGAAGUAUUUUAAGUUAUGAAAUUACAAUUAUUUAUAUUAUGAUUUAUUGUUGAAUGGCAAAGACUUGAUGUAGUCACAUGUUUGAAUGUCUGAGUCAUUUUUAGUAGGAGCCUGUGUUUAUGUAAGGGAAGUCACCAUGUGCUUGUUCAGAUAAAGGGAGAAAGUUGUGUAUUAAUGGAUGUUGCUUAUGCUUGCACAGAUGUAGAAAGAGAGAGAAAGGAGAAUAGCUUUAGUUUUAUCAUUACCAUUACAUUUUUAUGCCCCCCUUCGAAGAAGGGAGGGCAUAUUGCUUUGCUGCUGUCUGUCGGUCCGUCGGUCUGUCGGUCCGUCGGUCCGUCGGUCUGUCGGUCCAUUCAGUUUCCGUUCAUUUUCUUCAUAACCCUUGCCCAUACUGAAAUGAAAUUUGGUAUACAGAUAUAUCACAUGAAUAUCUAGGCCAAGUUCUGUUUUGGGUACGAUCGCACCAUUUUUGAGAGAGUUAUGCCCCUUGGACUUGGAAAAAUUUCAAUUAUUUGCAGUUUCCGCUCAUUUUCUUUGCAACCGUUGCACAUACUGAAUUAAAAUUUGGUAUACAGAUAAAUCACGUGAAUAUCUAGGCCAAGUUCUGUUUUGGGUACGAUUGCACCAUUUUUGAGAGAGUUAUGCCCCUUGGACUUGGAAAAAUUUCAAUUAUUUGCAGUUUCCGCUCAUUUUCUUUGCAACCGUUGCACAUACUGAAAUCAAAUUUGGUAUACAGAUAUAUCACACUAAUAUCUAGGCCAAGUUCUGUUUUGGGUACGAUUGCACCAUUUUUGACAGAGUUAUGCCCCUUGGAGUUUGAAAAAAUUUCAAUUAUUUGCAGUUUCCGUUCAUUUUCUUUGCAACCGUUGCACAUACUGAGAUGAAAUUUAAUAUACAGAUUAAUCAGAUGAAUAUCUAGGUCAAGUUUUGUUUUGGAUACAAUCGUGCCAUUUUUGACAGAGUUAUGCCCCCUUGGACUUACAAAAAAAUUCAAAUUUGGGGGGAGGGGGGCAUAAGUGUUUUACAAACAUCUCUUGUUUAAAAAGAAUUCCAGCACAGAUGAAUAAUUUCACUGAUAUUGUCAUGAUUGGGUAUUUUGAUUAAAGGAAUUCCAUUUCAAGCAAAUGACCAUUGAUGUAAAAAUGUGUAAUAUCAAGAUUGCUUUAUCUGCAUCAUUCAACAGAAAAUGACUUCAUUCAAAUUGUCAGUUUGAUUUUAUAUAAAUAUUUGUGUAAAAUAGAGGUGUGCAUAUCUAUGUUUUUGCCAGCUUAUGUAAGCAAUACAGUGCUUCAUUCCCCUACAAAUUCAUUGGUUUGUAAAAAUGAUAGAGAAGUCCAAUUGUAAUUUAACAAUUUGUAUGUAUAUGUUGGUUCUAGUUCCUGGAAAACACUUGAGUGAUUGAUGAAUGCUUAGGUAGGGGUUAUCUACAUUAACAGUUUACGCUAUAGCUAAUGGUACAUGUAUAUUUUGUGGGUGGGUAUUAAGUCGUAGCAUAGUCAAGAAAGUGUGCACUCAACAUAUUGGAGAAAUAAUUGUUUCUCUUAGUCAUAUUUUAUCAAUUCCAUGUUUAUAGGAUAAAGAUAUUAUAUAAUAAAAAGCAUUUUGCUUAUAUGAAGUUUAUAGUUUAAAAAGGCAAGCUUCUUUUCAUGAUGUAUGUUAUUCAAAUUAUGAAGCCCCAAUAAUUGCCAAACAAUUUGUCAAAUAUAAAUAAUCUGAUUCAUGAUUGUGAUUCAACAAAAUUUGGAUAAUAAGAUGUUACUGUGUAUCUGUGUUUGCCAUUCUGAUUGGGUUUGGUAGAUCUUUGCCUGUGUUAUUGUUUUCUCCCAGCUCUCGUUGUGCAGGGAAAACUUCAACAAUCAUAUCAUCAAGAUUCUGUACAUAACACAUAUAUUUGUUAUACUUUGUUAAUGAUAUUUCUUUUCCUUUUUUUGUCACUUCUCUUCUUUGUUGUACAACUUUUUCAUUUCUAUUUUCUUACUCCACAAAACAAAGCAAUGUUACAUUUGAUUCAUACAGAGAUUGAGUUUACUAGUAUGCAUUACUGACAUAUUUAAUUGAUUUAACAAUUGUUGUUUAUUGGUCACAAAAUACUAUCAUUGAAUUUCACUGAUUUAUGAUCACUUUAAAACUUUUUAAUUUUGCACUAAUUUUGAUUAGUCACUUUCCCCUAAAGACAUGUUUAAAGAAAUAAAAUGUGUGUUUGUGUAGAAAUUAUGACUUGGAAUGUGUUUAAAAAUUUUUAUGUACAGUCUCUAUGGCUACUUGGUGUUUAAAUGACACAUUCUCUGAAUUUUACCCAAGUCACUAGUAAGUGCUAUGUAGUUUGUUUAAAAAUUAUAUUUGUGUCCAUUGAAAGUUUUCAGAUUUCUCUAGAAUUAUGUUAAUGAACUAAAAUAAUGUCAAUCCAACCACAUUCCAGUAGGAAUAUAUUGUAAAUGAAACAUGCCUAGUACAAAUGACGGGAAAAUUUAAAUGAGUUUUAGUCAGUCAUCAGUAGCUGCAUGUAAUUGUUGUUGUUUUGUGGGUUAAAACCUGUAAAAGAUUUACGUACACUUUCUGUUACUAAGAAUAAAUAUAUUUAAAGCUGCA